AUGGACAAUGCUGUUGAGUUAUUCAAAAAUCUUCUUUACAACCAUUCAGUUCAAAUGGAUUUUCUGGUUGAAAAAUGUGAAGGUGAGGAGUACUUGAGGAAUCUAAAUGAAAUCAUUACAGCCUUAUGUCACUCUCUGAAAAACCAUGGUAAGAUUAUCUUGGUCGGGUGCGGCAAAACAUUCAAAAUUGCUAAAAAGACUGUAGCGCUGCUACAGUCACUUGGACUGCGUUCAACAUAUUUGCAUCCGACUGAAGCAUUACAUGGCGAUAUGGGGUGCAUCAAGGAACAGGACUCUCUUUUGCUGUGCAGCACAAGUGGAGAAACCGAAGAGGUUAUUUUAUUUCUGAAAUAUCUUAUAGAAAUGGAAACAUGGCCCGAAGAUGUGGGCGGUGGUAAAGUUCUAAACAAGAUAUCUGUUUGUGCAAACCCCGAAAGUUCUCUGUCGGUGCUUUGCGACAACGUGGUGCAGGUUCCGCAGAAGUUCAGCGAGGACGAAAUACAAGACGGUUUACGGGCCCCUACAGUAUCGACCACUUCUAUGCUUGUCGUUCUCGAUUGCCUCUGCAUUGCGUUGAGCAAUGCGUACUAUGACGGGAAUACUCAGCGCAGAAACAUCAUUUUCAAUAGAGCGCAUCCAGCAGGUGGCAUCGGGAAAAGGGCCAAAGCUUUGAAAAGCUCCGAAUCAGCCCCAUCACUCGAACCACCCGUGGCAUCCGCCCUCACUGCGAAGCUUCGACCGGCGAUGACCGAACUGGAAGUGUUGCAAACGUUGAUAUUGCAUGACUGGAUUGUUGUCGAACCCACGCUCCAGCUGCCCUCCAAAACUGUGCAGUUGCAUUACAAAAUCUGGAGUGCGCAACGUGACGUGGAGGGCGCCAAUUUCUGUAACUACUUGAAGUCGAGGUUACAGACUUGA